AUGGAGAUCGCUCGUACCUCCUUGAUCCAUGCGGCUGCCCCCCAUUUUCUGUGGCCGUUUGCGGUCCAGUACGCUGCGCAUCAGCUCAACCUCUGGCCCCGUGUCUCCGCUCCGGAGACCUCGCCCACACUGCUGUGGACGGGGCAGGUUGGCGAUGCGUCGCGUUUCCGUGUCUGGGGUGCUCGUUCCUUUGUCCGUGAUACCGCUGCGGACAAGCUCUCCGCCCGCGCUGUGCCUUGUGUCUUCCUUGGCUUUGUCCCCGACGCACCUGGUUGGCGGUUUUACCACCCCACCUCGCGCCGUGUCUUUGCAUCUCAGGACGUCACCUUUGACGAGUCGGUACCCUUCUACCGUCUGUUCCCCUACCGCACUGCUCCUCUCCCCCCCCCGCCUCUCUUCCUCACACCAGGUGCCCCUCCGGUAGACCCCCUCCCUCCCCAGGGUCCUGCUCCCUCAGGUGUUUCCCAGGUAGACGCAGUCGAGCCUGUCGAGGUAGCUGUUGACUCUGGUCCUGAGCGGGGUACUGAGCCUGGGGGCACUGAGACUGGGGGUGCUGCGCCUGGGGGUGCUGCGACUGUGGGUGCUGAGCCUGGGGGUGCUGCGACUGGGGGUGCUGAGCCUGGGGGUGCUGUGACUGGGGGUGCUGCGCCUUGGGGUGCUGCGACUGGGGGUGCUGAGCCUCGGGGUGCUGAGCCUGGGGGUGGUGACCCUGCUGGUGCUCCCUCUCCACAGCGACUACGUGAGUGGUACGCUCGGCGCUGCGGCCUCCGGAGUGGAGCCCCUCGUUUUGAGUUACCCCCUGCUGUAGGUACUGGAGCUACUGGAGGUGCUACUGGUGCUACUGGUGCUACUGGAGGUUCUGGAGCUGAGGGCGGUGCUGCCGGUGCUGCUGGAGGUACUGGGGCUGCUGGAGGUGCUGCUGGUGCUGCUGGAGGUACUGGUGCUGCUGGCGGUGCUGCUGGUGCUGGUGGAGUCUGA